AUGACAUCACAUGUACAUCGUAUAUACGUAACGUACGAAGUUGAUUCUUUUCUCAACGCUGAUAUGUCCUUUGCUCAAUACCAGUAUGGACCAUCCGAUGCAGGAAGUGAAGGGGAUGAUGAAGAGGAUGGCGAGGAGGAAGAGAACAAUACAGUACCCGAAGACAUGGACGUGGAUUUGGAUGAAAUUAAUUACAUUACCUCCGUAUCUACUCAACAAAUAUCAGGUGCUUCGAGAAACUCUGUAAACGAGCGUGAAAAUUCAGGAUCGGAUUCAGGAUCGGACCCAGAUGUACACAAUCCAGAUGGUCGUGACAGGCUCGAGCAGAUUGACCAUGUUCGCCGCACACAUAUGCCGGGAGAAGAGUCUGGAAGUGAUAAUCAUAAUGAGACCGACGAAGAGAACAACCCGCCACAGCAGGAUGAUCAGGAAGGACUCGAUCCGGUCUCUGCCAUCGAACGUAUCAGAAUAACACAGGAAUUUAUACGUGAAAUUAAAGCCAGUAAAUUGGACAACGGAAUACUCAGUGAAGAUGACCUUUAUCGUCUGCGCAGCCCAACUACAGGUCUGGUUGACAUAUCUGAUCCGGAUACUCGUCUCUCAAUUGAUAUCUAUCUGGCCACAUCUUCGGCUUCAGAGGAAGUCUACCAUCAGACCCGCACUGCUGUCAUCCGUCGCUAUCCAGAUUCCUCUAUUCUCUCACUUUAUGAAGUCAAAAAGCUAGUUGCUGAGAUCAGUGGUGUAGUUGCAGUCAAGGAUGAUAUGUGUAUCAACUCCUGUCAUGCCUUCACAGGUCCGUUUACAGAUCUCGAAACCUGCAGUGUUUGUGCAGAGCCUCGCUUUAAUCCUGUUAUACUUGAACAAACUGGUCGAAAGUAUGCAUACUUGAAAACUGAACAGAUCCUCCAUGACGAGUCUUCGGCAGAAGAUUUUGUGUAUGAUGACAUUUUUUGUGGGUCCGACUUCCUGGAUCUUGCGGAAAAAGUGAAGCUCACCCCGCACGACAUAAUGUUAUACCAGAACAAACAAUCCGAUACUUGGUUUGGUAUGUGGAAAGUCGAAAAUUUCAAGCCUUCACUUCAGUUCAAACAGAGAUGCGUACUCCCAAUGUUCAUCAUUCCUGGGCCAAAUAAGCCUAAAAUCAUCGACUCAUUCACUUUCCGGAGCUUACAGCAUCUCUCGGCACUUCAAAAAGAGAAUAACGGGAAAGGUUUGGCAAUGUGGGAUGCUAUCACGGACACUAUAAUCUACGCACGCAUUUUGUUCCUACUAGCAAUGGCAGAUGCAGUGGGAUUGGUUGACCUCGAUGGCCGUGCUACCCAUCAUUGUGUUCAUGCAUGUCGGAUCGGAUGCCCAAUGAAAGGACGCCACAAACCCGGAACUCCUCAUUACAAUCAAGUCCAUCUUCGGCCAAAUGGUCCCUUACCUCCUGAGUGUGCUCACGGUGAUGUCGAUAUACGAAACCUUGAACGUCCAUCUGUUCAGCAAUACUAUGAAGAUUUAGAUAAGGUCAUCCAAUCUCCAGGGCCCACCGCAUACGAAGCCAACCGUAAGGUGACUGGGAUCAGCCUUUCACAAGAUCUCAUGAUCCCUGUUCCACAAUGGCUCAAUUUCGGAGAAGGAAAACUUGAUUGUGGGAGAACGGAUGAUAAAAGUACAUGGACUUGGGCUACUCUUACAGGAGAGACCUGGGAAGAGCAUGGGAAACUGGUCGCCAAUGCAUGCAAAUACUUUCCGUCAUCAUUCCAUCGUCCUCCCCGUAACCCUGCUGAGAAAAUCCACAGUGGAUUUAAGGCAACGGAAUACUUCCUCUACAUAUUCGGCCUUGGUCCAGGUUUUUUUCGCGCAGUUCUUCCGCGAGAGAAUUGGAUAAGUCUUUGCAAGGGACUACAUGGAGCACGUUCCAUGUUACAGCGCUCAAUAACUGGGAGAGAAGCUCAAGAAGCCCGUGUACAACUCAUUCAAUUUGUGGAGGAAUAUGAAGCCAUGUACUACCAGCGCCGCGUAGAUCGCAUGCAUUUUUGCCGUCCCUGCAUUCAUACUCUUGUACAUCUUCCAUCAGAGAUGAUUAGAAUUGGCCCAGGAGCAGUCAGUUCUCAGUAUACUCUGGAGCGCCUGAUUGGUGAUCUAGGCCAGUCAAUCCGUCAACCUUCGAAUCCUUUCUCCAAUCUUGCUCAGCAGGCUCUGACCCGGUGCCAGUUAGACCCAAAAUCAAUACCACAUCAGCCAAGGGGUUCAUUGGAUAUGGGUAAUGGUUAUCUCCUUCUACGUCCAAGAAAGCGUUGGCCAUCUGUACUGCUCUCACCAGAGAUAGAUGCUUUCGAAAAAGCUGGAUUGUUCAUAAAUCAUAUCCGUAAGUGGGGUCGGUUAUGCUUGCCGAAUGGACAAGUCGCACGCAGUCUGUAUAAUGAAAGCAACAAGACUCGAGCUGACAUUAGAGUGACUCGGAAUGUCAAAGUCCAUGUGGAUGGUGUCAAAACAUAUGCUGAGGUUCAGUACUAUUUUCUGUAUGCAUUAGAUCCAGAACAACCAGACAAACUCACAGCAUAUGCCCUGGUAUCCCUAUACUCCGAUCCUUUGAAUGAUCUUCUUGUCGAAUCCCACAAUGAAUUAUGGGCUUGCUUCUACCAGGGAGACUCCAGUCUCUGUGUCAUCAACACACAGAAUAUCUUAUCUACUGUAUCGAUGCAGCCGCUUCCUCAAAUUCCAGGAGAUCCGGAGGGCCUUUGGUUUGUAGUUGAAAAGACUGGUAUUGAUGAUUCUGAGAUCGUUGGAGGGGAUGAACUUGGUGGUGUUUUUGAUAUUUAA